GAAAGUGAAAAAGUGAUUGAAAAGUUUUUUGCUUCCAACUUGUGCAGUUGUGCAAAUAAAAGUACUAUGGCAGACUUAAACGACUCCAACGGCAACUACGACGACAACGAUGAGAUUACCGAGCCGGAGCAGCUGCGCAAGCUGUUCAUCGGCGGUCUGGACUACCGCACCACGGACGAUGGCCUAAAGGCGCACUUCGAGAAAUGGGGCAACAUCGUCGAUGUUGUCGUCAUGAAGGAUCCGAAGACAAAGCGGUCGCGUGGCUUUGGGUUCAUCACCUAUUCGCAGUCGUACAUGAUCGACAAUGCCCAGAACGCGCGUCCGCACAAGAUCGACGGACGCACCGUAGAGCCCAAGCGUGCUGUGCCGCGCCAGGAGAUUGAUGCUCCCAAUGCCGGGGCCACAGUCAAGAAGCUGUUUGUGGGUGGACUGCGCGACGACCAUGACGAGGAGUGCCUGCGAGAGUACUUCAAGGACUUUGGCCAGAUCGUGGGCGUGAACAUCGUGUCGGACAAGGACACCGGCAAGAAGCGUGGAUUCGCCUUCAUCGAGUUCGACGACUACGACCCCGUUGACAAGAUCAUUCUCCAGAAGACCCACACCAUCAAGAACAAGAGCCUCGACGUGAAAAAGGCCAUAGCCAAGCAAGAUAUGGAUCGUCAAGGUGGUGGCGGAGGCGCUGGUGGCCCCGGUGGACGCACAGGCGGUCGCGGAGGGGAUCGUGGAAGCCAAGGCGGCGGCGGCUGGAGCAACAACCGCCAGAACGGCGGUGGAAACUGGGGCGCCGGUGGCGGUAGCUUCGGCAACAAUGGCAACUUUGGCGGCAGCCAGGGCGGCAGUUCCGGAGGUUGGAAUCAGCAGAGCGGUGGAAGUGGUCCCUGGAACAAUCAGGGCAGCAGCGGCGGCUGGAACAACGGUGGCGGUGGCGGGGGCUAUGGAGGCGGAAAUAGCAACGGAAACUGGGGAGGCAACGGCGGUGGCGGCGGCGGGUUUGGCAAUGACUACCAGCAGAGCUAUGGUGGCGGCCCGCAGCGGACCAACAACUUUGGCAACAGCCGGCCUGCUCCAUACAGCCAAGGCGGUAGUGGAGGCGGUUUCAACAAAAGAGGCGGCGGCGGUGGCCAGGGCUUCGGGGGCAACAACUACAACACUGGAGGCGGAGGCGGUCAGGGUGGAAACAUGGGCGGCGGCAAUAGACGUUACUAG